AUGGGUUCGCAGAGAGUUGGAAAUCAUGGAAUCUGGAUUGCAAACCCUUCCCAGUGCUCAGAAAAGCUAGACCGUGUUCAGAGCCAGAAAGCAGACAGUCAAGGUCCUGAAGCAACCGAAAUAAAAGCCUUUGAUGAAAUUUGCUGUCCUUUAAGUCGUUUUUUUAAGCACAUGCUAGAGAGUCAGCAGGUGUCUACACUUGCACUCAAUUACGUACAAGUACAGUUUGAAUUACAAAGAGCAGAAGUCUCAAUAAGCAGCCCCAGCCCCACUUGGCCAGGGACCCCACCACCCAGCUGUCCACUCAGGCCUUACUAG